CUAAGUACAUAACUUGAAGUGACAGUUCAGAAAUCCAUUCGUCGCGGCAGAGUACGAUCGACCAAUCAGAACGAAAGGAGCAAGGAUCUCUUGGCUCUGAUUGGUCAAUCGAACGCUAUUUUAUUUCGACCGUGAUUCCGACGAAGGAUCUUCGAACGCAACCCUGUCAAGCAGGAAUUUUGAAUCAGAGGCGGUAUUUAUUUUAAUUACAUUCUAACCAUAUCUAACAUUUUAUUUCGGAUUUCUUCGAGAGAUAUUGCGUGAAAUACAGCGUGAAAUGGCAACGGAAAAGGAUUUAAUUAAUGCUGUAAGGGACUCGCUAAAGGCUGAGGGAGAUCUUAAUCGUAUAAAAGCAGAAAUGCGUACAGAAGUGAUAAAGCUAUUAGAUUGCUCCAGUAAAGAGAAUAAGUCAAAAAUUGUUAAACCUUCUCAUGACAUUAUAUUUCUCAAUGAACUUGUGAGAGAAUAUUUGGAUUGGAUGGGAUACAAAUAUAGUUCUACUGUGUUUAUCGCAGAAUGCGAUCUCCCAAAGCAUUCUUUGGAUCGUACGCUUCUUGCACAACGUCUAGGAGUAAAAGACAAUGAGAAGAGCAGGAACUUACCACUGCUGUGUGGUCUUGUGCAAACAUUCACUAAUUUGAAAAAUACCUAAUGAUAAAUAUUCCAUAUAUAUAAAUUAUUUAAUGUCCAAUCGCGCUUUUUAAAUGCUAUUUAUUUAUUUCAGAU